CGGAUUCAGUUGGGUCGCUUUAUCUGUGUCCACUAACCCAACGAAUCCCAGUAAAAAGGACUAAUUUUGUACCUUAACUGCCAUUGGAGAGGUCAUGGCUCGCGCAACGGGUUUUCGCGGGCCGCUUUUGGUGCUUUUGUUGCAGUUAGUCCUCAUCUGCUCUGCACAAAGGAACGGGGGAGGAAGCCCCGGACCCGCAGGUGUCCCUGGAAUUAAUGGUGUUGAUGGCGAAAGGGGAGACGAUGGAGAGGAAGGCCCAGCUGGUCCCGAUGGAGACGCAGGUAAACUGGGUUCAGCUGGAUUACCGGGAAUACCGGGAGAAGAUGGUUUGACUGGACCUAUCGGAGAUGAGGGACCAGAUGGUCCUCUAGGACAGAAAGGUGAACCUGGCAAACCUGGGCCCCGGGGGAUGGCUGGCGUUGGUUCUGACGGACCCCCUGGACCCCCAGGGCCUGGUGGACUUCCUGGGGAGCUAGGGAAAGUGGGCCCUCAGGGCUCCAUUGGAGUUAGAGGGCCCCAGGGACCUCGAGGACCUACCGGGCCCAGAGGAGCAGCAGGGAUGCAGGGUAGCUCUGAGCUGUGCCCCAACUCCUGCCCCCCUGGUACCCCUGGUCACCCCGGUCUGCCUGGCAUGAAGGGCCACAAAGGUGGGAAAGGAGAGUCAGGAGAGCCGGGCAAACAAGGGCACAAGGGCGAGGAGGGAGACCAGGGCAGCUUGGGGGAGCUCGGAUCACAAGGGCCCACGGGUCCCCAGGGUAUCAGAGGGUCCACAGGGAUGAUGGGCUCCAAGGGAGAGAUGGGGGCCAGGGGCCACGAUGGAGAUCCAGGUCCUCAGGGGGUCUCAGGGGCCACGGGUGACCAAGGCCAGAGGGGUGUGAUGGGGGAGUCCGGUCCUAAAGGAGACAUGGGGCCUCAAGGGUCACGUGGGAUCACCGGCGUCCCAGGGCCCAAGGGAGCGGGGGGCUUGCCGGGUGUGGAUGGCCGUGAGGGUAUCCCAGGGAUGCCAGGAGCUAAGGGAACGCUGGGGAAGGCAGGAACCCCUGGGGAGGUCGGGCUGCAGGGACUUCCUGGGUUGCCAGGUGUCCCUGGGCCUAAAGGUCUUGGAGGAGAUAAGGGAAGCUCUGGGGACGCGGGUCUGCUAGGAACCAUGGGCUCAGCAGGUAGACAGGGAGCGCGAGGAGAGCAGGGCGUGCUGGGGCCGGUGGGGCCCAUCGGAGUGCCGGGUGACGUCGGAGAACAGGGACCGGGCGGACCUCAAGGAAAACCAGGUGCCAGGGGACCCAAAGGUGACCUGGGACUCCCUGGCAUCCCUGGACCCCCAGGUCUUCCUGGAGUAAAGGGAGAGAGGGGAGAAGGUGGUGCUGUGGGGCCUAAAGGAGAGACGGGAGAGCAAGGGUCUGAGGGAACUUCAGGAGACAAAGGAGAAGUUGGGGACCAGGGAGAGUCCGGGCCCAAGGGAGCGGUGGGUAACCCUGGAGAGCCUGGCAACCGAGGCCCUGAGGGCAGCCGAGGGCAGCCUGGCAUCGAGGGCCCUCCAGGGACCCCUGGGCCCCGCGGCAUGCAGGGAAACAGGGGCGCUCCUGGCAUCAGGGGUUCCCAGGGACCAGCGGGCAAAGAGCCAAGUGACCAGCACAUACGACAGGUCUGCAUGAGAGUGAUGCAAGAGCAGCUGGCUCAGCUGGCUGCCAGUCUCAGAAGGCCGGAGUCUGGUGCGGCCGGCCUCCCUGGUAAGCCUGGGCCCCCCGGUCCCCCCGGACCCCAAGGAGACAGUGGCUUCCCUGGGCAGGCUGGUGCUAGGGGACUCCCAGGCCUCAAAGGGCCUCCAGGACUUGUGGGAGUCAAGGGACCCAAGGGUGAGCUUGGUGACAGAGGUGACAGGGGACCCAUGGUGCGAGGGCCUAAAGGCAUUCCAGGACCUCCCGGUCUUCCCGGCGAGCCAGGGAAGCCAGGGUACGGUCAGGAGGGUCGUGAUGGAGAGCGAGGGCCUCCUGGGGUCCCCGGGCAGGCUGGCGUGCCUGGCUCUCCUGGUGCUGCUGGGCCCAACGGCUACUGCGACCCCUCGUCCUGCAACCUCCAGGCGGGUGCCAUGCAGGACUCCAGCCUGAAGGGCCCUGCAGGGAACUAAGCUGCCGUCUGGGACACGAGCAGACACACACAGAGACUAGAGACACACAGCUACACACACUGGGUGCACACAACAUUCCCUCCCUCCAUCGCUCCAUCCGUCUCUUCCUCCCUCCAUCGCUCCAUCCGUCCUUCCUCCACGCUACUGUUGUUGUGCCACAGUCUGUCUAGUCUGGUUGUUGCCAGUCGCAGUCCCUCCCUCCCUCCCUCCCUC